AUGAAGUACCUUUCAUUGUCUUUCCUGUUGUGCUGCCUGGUGGCCGGAGCUUUGAGUGCCCCCCAGUUUGGAUAUGGAUUCGCACCAUAUGGAGGAUACGGAGGAUAUGGAGGAAGCUAUGCCUCCGCCUCUGCCAGUGCCGCAGCGAGCAGCAGUGCGGGAGGAUAUCAAGGAUUCGGAUACCCAGGAUACGGGGGAUAUGGUGGAUACGGAGGAUUUGGCGGAGGAUACGGUGGAGGCUAUCGGCAGCAGUACAACCAGUUCAGCAACUACAACAACUACGGAUCUUCUGGCUACUACGGCGGUUACCCAUUCGGCAGAUGAGUUGGGAAAAAACUACUCGUAGCUGCUGGAAAUUUCUGCCUCUGUUUUGUUUGAUUUCUU